CAUUUUAAUGAACAGUUAUUUCAAGUAAUUUUUCUUUGUUUUGGUAUAAACGGUAUUACUUUGCAUUUUAUUAACACUAUCACCAAAUAUUGUUGACAGUUCUCUUGGCACUUGCAUUGGGUAAACCUACCGAACAAUCUUCAAUGUUUCAUACCUAUGGAGCUGAGUUGGCAGCAGAUGGUAACAGAGCUACAUACCUUCUCCAAGAACAGUGUACAAGACACAGGGGGUGGCGACACCAAUCCUUGGUGGAGGGUGGAUCUACUGACUGUGUAUACCAUCACAUCUGUCAGAAUACUCAACAGAGGAAUAGACGCAGGAGGAGACCGACUUCGGGAGGUAACCGUCACUGUAGGGCUGACCGAAUUUGAUGUGAACACUCCUUGUGGUUUCUUUGCUGGUCCCGGAACCGCGUCACAGCUGGUCGUCAUCGAUUGUACAUUACCACGGAAAAGAUUCGUAAAGGUCUCCAAGACAACUGAGGCCCUCACUCUAUGUGAAGUUGACGUGUUUGGAUUCUCCGUCUAA